GUUUCUUCCUCAAAAAAAAUCUCUUCCCGCCUUCCGUGCAUCUUUGAUCUUCUUGUGGGUCGCCUUCAACAACCCUGUUCAUCGCCGGACAGCACAAACACGCUCUCAUGCAAGUGGCGAACCUGCAUUGAAAAGCCUUUUACUCCCCUCGAAUUUCCGCUUCGCGACUCUUUCGGAUGGACGUCGAAAGCGGCGCUACACCGGCCGAGGUGCUGUUCCCCGGCGUGGCCUCGGCAGAUGAGGUGCCGUGCUACGACCCAGCCACGACAACGCCGCACAGCCUCAUGCACGAGCGGCCACCGCGGCCGCCAAGCCCGUACAAGACGAUGCGACAGAUGGUGCAGCGCACGUCGCCAGGCAAGUCGACGGUCACAUCUACGUUUCUUCGCGGACGCCGAAAGGGGCAGGUGGCGACCGCUGGCGGCGGUGGCGGUGGUAGUGCGUUUUCCGCCGCCGCACGACACUUGGCGUAUGCGACGUCUGCAGGGGAGCAGAUGGACAAUGCGGCGAAGAAGAAGUGGGGCAUGUCGGGCGAGCUCAGUUCGGUCCCGAACGCGUUCGUGUACGAAUCAACCCUGAAGGGGGAGUCCGCGGUGGUCUACGUCGACGCCGAAACGCACGACUCGGCGAUGGAGCACUACGCGCUCUACGAAGCCCCGCGUCAGUGCCUCGUCGAUCGCGAGGAAAACGAACGCAGCGCCCUGCAGGCGAACGAGGAGGUUGCCUUUACCAGCGUCCUGAUCAGGGCCUUACAAGAACGUACGGAAUUGCUCGCCGGCAACGAAGCCGAGGAACUCGUGGUGGCUGAAGCGCUGGAGCGUGCAAAGGCGCGCCACGAAAUGUUGCAGGUGAUUGAGGUGGAAGUGGCGGCCCGACUGCGGGAGCAGCGACUCGGGGAGCUGCUGGAGGUGCAGUUCAGCGCACUGCUCCCGGCGCACGAGUCGGGCUACCGCCGCAUCGAGGAGGACGAGCGCGCCGACCUCCGCGAGCUCUUUCUCUGGCACAAGGAACACCGCCCUCUCGGACCGGGCUGUUUUAUUAAAGGACCAGAGGAGGACUACCGCUUGAAGUACCCCAGUCGUGGCACGAGCGCUGCUACGGGUUCGCAUGACCGUUACUCCCUUGUUGUGGGGUCCGGCCGGCGCAGCACCCUCUCCUUUGCGCGCAGUUCGCGAGAGUACGCGGGGCAGCUUCGCCAUAAGAACUCGCCUUCUGUCACCUUGAACGGCGCGCUGGGCGAGCUGGCGCUGCUCCCCAUUACGGACGGUCGGACGACGCGUGCGACGUCGGUGACACAAGACGGCACGUUCGGCCCCGGCGAGGAAGCCAUCUUCGUCGAGGAAGGGCGACUCCGCCUGAAGGCGCAGAAGACGCGACGGCACGCGGAGCUGCGCGAGCAACGCCGCUUCACCGACCUCGCCGAAGCACAGACCGAUGCCCGUCAGUACGUCCUGGCCGAGGAGGCGCUGUGCUGGAUGCACCUGACGCGUGCCGGUGUGGACGGUCUUUAUGCCGCGAAGGAGGCGGCGCGCGUGCGGGAGCUGACGGAGGCCGACGAGAAGGCGGCGCGUGCGGAGAAGGAGGCGCAGCGAAGCGCGAUGAAGGCGCAGCUGAUGCGGGAAUGCGGUCUACUGGAGGACACGGUAAAUGCCGCAACCACCAAGGAAGACCAUAGGGAUGAGGCGGAGGGUGCGACGACCGCCGUAUCGAAUGCCGAGGAUUUGGCUCGUCCUUCAGGGAAUGCGGCGGAGGAUGUGUGUGCACUGGCGCGCGAAAACUCUGACUCCACCGUGGCGGACAGUGCAGCCGCCACAGACGCUCCCUUCGUCCAGGGACCUGACGCGGACGAGGAAGGCGAAGCGCAACGCAAGGACAAGGAUGCCCCUCUUGCUCACCUUCGUCUCAUCGCCGAGGAGACAGACGAUUCCGCAGCGUGCCGCCGACUCACCAAGCUCACCUCCUCGGAAGCGGCGGUCGAUGAUCACGAUGAACUGUAA